AUGACGGAAGACGAGGAGGAUGGCGAUGAUGACGAGAAUUUCAGUGGGGAAGAUGAAGCAGCGGUGGAGGAGGAGGAAGAAGAAGAAGAAGAGAAAGAAGAAGGCAGUGAUGGGGUCUCGAACAUCGAGCAUGAUGAGGACCGAAAAUCUCAGAAUGUCGCCGCGCUUGUCAGGUAAAUUCAUAUACCGCUCAUCCUUUGCGAAAUUUCCAUGGUAUCUGUCUCGGAUUCAGCCAAAUUUCCGAAUUUGCAUUGUUUUUUGCGUUGCCUUUUUCGUCCGCUGCGACAGCGCACGUUUGUUCCCCCCUCCUCCUUUUUCGCUUUCAUGGGCUUGAUUUGUUUGUAAAAAGCUGAAAAAUCUGGAAAAUGCAUAGGGAAAGGUUCAAGAAUGAAGAACACGCGCUGAAGCGUUGGUAACCUGAUGUGCUAUGUUGAUGUCGUCAAGCCGUAAUGGAUUCCCAAUUGGUUGUUGUUAUUCAUCAACUUAUGGUUUUUCCUUACGAACUGAUGAGCUAAAAAUGUACUGGAAACCUGAACCUUUAACCAAUGGUCAGUUGGGUUUACCUCAUACAAAGAGUAUGAUAUUUUCUGUGAAGCUAUUUUUAUCUAGAUUCAAUAAGAGAGCCACAGCAGUUGGCCUCAAUGACCUGCAGUGACGUGACUGUAACGCAGGAGCUGUGUCAUUAAUGAAUGCAUCGAUGGAAUUCAAAACCUAGGGAAUAUCCUAUAAUUUUGAUUCAAGAAGUGAUGCAUAUCCUUGGGAAAGUAUUGAUGUGAAGACAUUGAUUUGAAUACAUUUGCGGUUCCAUUAAAAAGUGGUAGGAAACUCCUUUGUGGUGCAUAUAUUCUCUUUUCCACAGAAAUGCAUGAAUUUUCUUUUCGGGCAAAGCAGAAAAUCCAUAAAGGACCGUUGAUGUAUAUGAAGCACUGAUAUAUCAAUUUUCUGAGUUAACAUUUUAACCGUUUCUUUUGCUCUAACAAGGACAAUGGAACCCAAUUCUUAAUCAGGUAAUUUUUUUUUCAUUGUUGUUACACUGCGAAAUUUCAUCAUUAACUUCUUUGUAUUUGUUUUAGGAUUUCUUUAUGCUUCUCACAUUGUCCAUACAUUAAUGUUAAAAUCAAGGAGUUGUUGAUCGUUGCUACCAUAGAAGGUCUUGAUUGUCACAUAUGGUACUUUAGAACUACAUGGCAAACAAGAACACUAAUAGAAUUAAAUGUAUUGAUAGUUAGUAGAUUGUUCUGCCACUGAGCCGAAUUCUAAAAUAAAUUCAUUUCUUCAUCUAUCACAAGCAGCAUGGUUUCUAUUGUCUUUCUUGCUUCUAAUUUUUACACUCUUACAUGUCAUUUUUGACUAUCCCUGCAUUACAGAUGUUUGAAAAUGAUUCGUCCUGCAUUACAUGACAAAAAAGUUAUCUUGUAUUUUGUUGUCUCUCUUCAAUAUUUUGUGCUUUUUCAGGGGGAACCUUAAGUGAUGAAGAUUCAUAUCUUGGUCAUCUUGUGAUCCAUUUCUGUUACAAGGUGGUCAUCAUUCUGCAUUGGCUAAAGCUUUAUUUCAGCUGACUUUAUAUUUUGUUGUGAAACAGAGGCAACCUCACAGUAAAAAGGCAGGCGUUAAUUCCCCGGUUUCUUUCCGUGUCUGAUGGAGCAGAGGUAGCCAGGAAGCCAUUCAAACCUCCAUGUCUGAAUGGGUACAAUGACCAUAAUGAAGAACUUGUUCGUAGGCUUUGUGCUCGGAAGAGAUUUGUCCCAUGGGGUUCUUCACGACCAGUACUGGUUGCAAUAAAUAAUUUUUUAAACAUCCACAGUACUAUUGAAAACGAUCCCAUUGAACCUAGUCCACCACUGCCACCUGGAAUUAAGCCUUUGAUUUUGUGGCAACCUGAGGUAUCAAGAGAGCCAAAUGAGCAUAUGUCUUCAAUUGUGGUAGAUCCAUUGCUUGUUCUUUACCUACGGCCGCAUCAAAGGUAUUGCGGCUUUGCUAUCAUCUUGUUUCUGUCAGUCUAUUAAGAACUCACAUUAAAGUCCUUCCUGGAUAUCUUUCUUGGCAGAUAUUUUGAAAUGAGGAAUGAUAUAGUUGCCAUAAGCUCAUCUUUUUUUAGCAUCGUUCCUCUAUAAAGUCUUUUCCAACUAUUUUUCUCACCAAAUUUUUUUGAUGGCGUGGUAUUUUGUCUGCCGUUUUUUCUAUGACGAUUAUUGUGAUGAGAUCUCUUUGAGCAAUUUCCGAAGUUGCUCCUUCUUGCUAGUGGUGGUAUUGUUCUUUCAACAAGUCGACUCUUCUUUCAAAAAUUUCUUCUAUUGUAUUAUGAACUCCAAAUUUUCAAGUUAUCUCAUUAUUUUCCAGAUUGUGACAUAAGUUUCUCUCAUUUCGUGGGCAACUUGAAUAUUUUUGAUUUGUGGACUACAUUUUAGUGCACUUGUUCUAAGAAAUAUGGAAGGAAUCGUUGUUUUAUCUUUGUUUGCAAGGGUUUGGGGUUUGAACAGGACAUGCUUUGUGUUGGGAGCCGAGAAACAUAAUUUUUUUCGGGAUGCAUGGGAAUGUAAAUGAUAUUUGACGUAAUGAUUGUGCAUCUGUGUGCUCUUAGUACCUAUUUUUGGAGCCACUGUUGUUUCUUCACUAAAAUGCUGAUUUAUGUGAGCAUCAAAGAAAGCUAGGGAUUAGGCACGCCCAUUGAAAUAGCUGUGAUGUUUUGUUACCCAUUUUUUAUUGAUACAAACUUUUGUUUUCUUCCUAGAAGAUUCUGUAUUCCGAUCUUGUUCUUUGUAUUCUGUGCAUAAGAUAGCUCCUGAAUGUUCUCUGCAGAGAAGGUGUUCAGUUUAUGUUUGAAUGCGUUUCUGGGAUGUCGAAUGAGGAUGGUAUUUCUGGAUGCAUUCUAGCAGAUGAUAUGGGGUAAAGAAACUCAUCGUAUAUGGCCUUGCCAUUUUCACAGAAUUGGCUUUUGCCAUUAUUUCACAUUUUCCUUCUCUAACUUAUCGUUUAUGAAUUCAAUCUCCUUUUUUAGUCUAGGGAAGACGCUGCAAUCAAUCGCAUUGCUCUACACACUUCUGUGCCAAGGAUUUGACGGGAAGCCAAUGGUUAAGAGAGCCCUUAUCGUUACACCUACAAGCCUUGUUAGUAAUUGGGAAUCUGAAAUUAAUAAGUGGGUUGGUGGAAGAAUACAUGUACUUUCGCUUUGUGAAAGCACCAGGGCAGAUGCUGCAUCUGGCAUCGAUAACUUUCUGAGACCUGGCAGUCCUUUUCAGGUAAUAGAGUAGAACCUCUUUUGAGAUUUGUGUUUUAGUUGACAUUGUUGAAAGCUGUCUAUUCCUUUUUGUACUGUAGUGCCAAUUACUGACCGAAUUAACGUGGCAAACCCUUGCUAGGUGCUUAUUAUUUCCUACGAGACAUUCCGUAUGCAUUCAUCAAAAUUUGUUAAAAGUGGGUGCUGUGAUCUUCUCAUAUGUGAUGAGGCUCAUAGAUUGAAAAAUGACCAGACAUUAACCAACCGAGUAAGUCAAAAGUCUGUUUCACUUAUGAUUAUUUUUAUAAGCUUUAGAAUAUUCUUUGUCGAUCAUGGCAUAUUCUUUUUUGGAUAUUUGUCUCUUUGUGGAAUUCUCUAUGUGGAAACGUUUUACAAGCAGUCAUGCCUCCUCUGAAUUUUCAAUAUAGCCCUCAAUAAUUUUCCAUAUAUGAGAAAAAAACCUGGAGGUUUUCUAUGUAUCUAAAUAAUAUUUGAAGAUAGUUGAUUGUGCUAUCACCCAUUACUUUCAUAGAUGUUUGUUGAAUCAAUGGCACGUGAUGUGUUUUUCAUAAAAUGUGAUUUUUCACCUAACUCUUUACGUUGUUUGAUGGAAGGAAACCACACACUUUUAUCAAAUUCCUCUUAUGCUAUGCACUGAAAUUUCUGACCAGUGCAAAGUGUACUUCUGAAGCUAAGAACCAUUACUGUCGUAGUUUCAUGCGUAUAAUUAUGCUUCUCUAGCUAUAGUUACUAAUGAUUCCACUCUUUUUUUUGUUAAAUAUUUUGAUAAUUUGAGUUGUCCGAAUUAUUAUUUGUCAACAGGCUUUAGAUGCUCUUCCUUGUCAUCGCCGGGUCUUAUUAUCUGGAACCCCCAUGCAAGUAAAGAGAAACCUCGGAUAGUCCUGUUACAAAUUCUUAUUUAUAUCAUUUCUCUCUACAUAUUCAUUUGAAAAUUCGGUAUUUUGCAGAAUGAUCUCGAGGAAUUCUUUGCCAUGGUUAACUUUACUAAUCCAGGAAUUUUGGGGGAUUCUACACAUUUCCGCCGUUACUAUGAAGUGAGUCAAAUUAUUUUUGACCAAUGAGCACUGCAGAGCUUAUAGAAAUCUUGUUCAUGUAUCUCUCUUUGAUUAUGAAUUCAGUUUAUUACCUUUCCUCUGGAAAAAAUAGACAAAUAAUGUGGAAAGGAAACCCAUUAAGAAAAUUCCUGUUUCAUCCAUACUUCGCUUAUGUUGUGGAAAAACCUCUUAAACAUUUUUUUUCCUCGUGUAAUCUUUCAAAUUAAGGCACCAAUCAUGUGUGGAAGAGAGCCCACUGCAACAGACGAAGAGAAAAGUUUGGGCAUUGAGAGGUCUGCAGAAUUAAGUGCGAAAGUUAAUCAGGUAACUGCCAGUUUGUUGCUUUUUUUUUGUUGAUACGGGCGCAGUUUUUUCUUCACUUCAGUCACAGAGAUUAUCAUACAAGACUGGACUAUGGAAGUGCUCCUUUCUACUCUAAUAUUUGUCGGUUUCUACUCACAAGGGUCGUUAUGCUCAUCAAAAUUUGCUACCUGUAGGAAAUUUUCUACAACACAGAUAUUCAGUUUCUUUAUUACACAAACACUCAAUAAUAACUUGUCAACCUUGUGCUUUUUCCGAAUUUAUUUUAGCAUAUUAAUGGAGACGCUAGUUUUUGUUUUUUUCCUCCUGAUUUUUCCUUUUCUGGUAGAUAAUCAAUAUUACAGAAAAUGUGGAUAAAAUUUCUAUUUACUCUCACCAUCUAAAGAACAUUUCUGUUUAAUUGAUUUGUGGGAAACUCUUGCAUUUUCAGUUUAUAUUGAGGAGGACAAAUUCGUUAUUAUCAAACCAUUUACCACCAAAGGUACGGUUGUCAAAUUUUUUUUGUUCUAUAAUCUUGUGUACUGUGAUGGACGGUUGCUUGUAAUAUGCCUUUAUUUCAUUGUUUAUUUUUCAAGUGAUGUUUUUAGUGUAUAAAAUCCACUAAAUUAACCAUGUUCUUCUCUUUUCUAAAAGUUCGAAAAGCUCGAGCUAAUCUCCUUUGUUGAUGAAUCUUGCUUGAUAUUGGUGAUCAAUCAAAUGAUUUAGAAAGUAGUUUGGACCUUUCUUCACAGCUCAGUCAUUUUAUUGUUGCUAUCCUCUCUAGCCUGAUACGCCUUACUGUACUGUAAAACUCUUGAUAAGGCCCAACUGCACGUUAACUUUGCGAUACAAUUAGACAUAAUGAAGAUGCUAAUGAUUAUUGUGGAGUUACUGAUAGUUAUGCGCUAGCAAUGAGUAUUUACUUGCCUAAAAGUAUUUUGUGACUAUGAACAAGAGCCAUUUUGAAGUAUGGCCAUCUUAAAAAAUUUCAUAAACUAGUAGAAUUAAAAUGCCCUACUAGUGGGGUUAUUUCUUCAAUUUCACAGUUUUUAUGGCAUUAAAAAACCUCACUAGCAUUGUCGUUAAAAUCCCGUCAGCAAGUAGUAGACUAUAGGGACAAAUUUUCCGUUUUCAUUGAGUGAAUUCCAACCAUCUCUUUCUCUCCCGCCCGCCCAAUAUAUGUAUGUGCGUAUGUAUCAUCCUCUCUUAAGCUAUUCACGCUCUUCUUUCAUCAAUAUUUUAUGGAACAUAGUCUAGUGAGGUUGGGAAAAGCUCUAAAGAGAGAUACAGUCGAUCUAUAAUUUUUUUGGCAAGAGAUAUGCUAAGCAUCAUCAGCUUUUGUAAGGUCUAUUUUGAUGAUCCAAACCACAUGGGGAUGGGCGAGUAACACGUGAAGUGGAGGAUUCAAAAUUGUGUGGAUCUUCGUGAAAGGCUGAGAGUAUGCCGGGGAUAAUGAUAUUUUUUAGGUUAACAUUUAUUUUUCCAUUUUUGGAUGUGGCAAUCAAUGCAUCUUAAAGUAUUAAAUUACACGUCGUUAAAACGAAUGCUAUGUCCAAAUAUUUAUCUAAAGCUUCCCUUGAUCUUAUAUUGCAUGUUUCAUGCCCCAUUAUUGAAUCAUAUAUUUAAUUAUUCCGAUACUUUUAUUAAAACUAUAAGGAUCUAGGUUGCUCAUAUCUGUAUUAGCCUGUUUGUUCUUACAUGGUUCUCUUUUAUACUUUUUUAGAAGAAAAUCCGAGUGUUUAUUAGUUCGUACGAGUGUUAUUUCGUACUUUUGUGCUAACAAGGUAGCUCUAUGAAUUUUGGUCUCAUUUCCUUCCUUUUUGUUCAACAGAUUGUGGAGGUCGUCUGUUGCAAAUUAACUCAUUUGCAGCUAGAGCUGUACAACCAUUUUCUUCAGUCUAAAAAUGUAGGUUGUUAUACUCAUACUUAUCAUUGUUCUACAAUAUAUUUCUAAUGAAAGUUCAUGCAACGAGUCAGUUAUCACCAUGAGAUGCUUUUUUAGUGGUUUCUUAUCAGUUAUCUCUUCAUUGAAUAUGUGAUAUAGGUUAAAAAAGCAAUAACUACAGAAAUGAAGCGGUCUAAAAUUUUGGCAUAUAUCACUGCUCUGAAGAAACUAUGCAAUCAUCCGAAGGUAAGUCAUAUUAACUUUUUUUUUCCGACAUUUCUAUUUAUGCUUGACUCUUGGUUCGUCACUGCUAUCGCAGCGUAAUCUCCAAGACGUUCACUUCUAUUAUGUCCAUAUCCAACUCACACGUUGAUGCUUAAAUACAACUUUUUUGAUGUGAGGCCUUUUAAUGAGUAGAUGACAAUCUUUUUGAAGAAAAAGGAAAAAAUGAUUUUCGCUAUUCGUUUUUCGCUAUUCCUAUCUAAGGAUAAUUUUUCAUGUUUUAAUGAUGUAUGGCGCUGUUUUCUUGAGAUGUUAAUGUCAGAUAAAAUGCUUAAUGGUAGAUCCUGGAAAAGCUUUGGAUGUUUAGAUGAUAUACUUUCCUAAAAAUCCUGAAGAUUGCUUGAAAUUUUUGUGCAAAAUGUGGAACUUUAGAAAGAAAGUCAAACACACGCGUACAACUCAUUAUACACUAUCAGACAUCUUUGCAUGUUCUUUGACUGUGAAGCUAUGGGCGUGUCUUCAAUGAUGAUACUAUGUAGACACCAUAUGUUUGUUUGUGCAUCAAAAUGUCACGACUGAAUGUAAAAUCAAUUUCAUUAUGUUGUAUCAUUUAUACCUUUUAAAACAUCGCAAAAUAUGUGUAAUUUUCUUACUUCUUUGUUAGAAUUUAUAUCUAGUGUCGUCAGACUGUAACCUCUACAAUUUAUGCAUAAAUUUUAAUAUAUUUGAACAAUUAAAAUUUAUUUAGAUAUACUUCUAGUGCUUAUGAUUAUCCCUCCAGUUGGUGAAAAUCAAUCCAACUGAUUGAAUGCCAUAAAUAAACUAAAACAAAUAGCAUAACUGUCAUGUGGAAGGCAACUACAGGAAGUCAAAGGUACCCUUAGUUGUCGGCUGGUGCUUGAGUAUAAUACUGCCUAUUAAAAAUAGUGCAUUGCUGAUGAAUGACGGCAAAAUUGAUGGGUAAUUUAACUACAAGAUUUAAUGAUUUUAUGAAAGAAAUGUUUGUGUGUGUCAUCCAACCAUCAGCUCAGUGUCAAAUGCCAGUUGAUUAUUCCAGAUUUUCCUUCUGUGUUUGUGACUAGAAAGCAUCCUUUUCUCUGCCUGUUUCUUCGGUAAAGCUGUUCGAAAUGUGUUGCAGCUAAUUUAUGAUACCUUAAGAAGUGGGAGUCCUGGUACUUCAGGGUUUGAGGACUGCCUUCGAUUUUUCCCUCCUGAGUUAUUCUCAGGGAGGUAAGUUGGCCGUGAUAUAUUCUUUUUAUUUACAAGUCGUGGCUGUAAACAUGCUUCACGUCCAUUUCUAUCAUUGUCGUACAGAUCGAGCUCAUGGACAGGGGGUUACGGAAUCUGGGUGGAAUUGUCUGGGAAAAUGCAGGUCUUAGCUCGGUUACUGGCCAAUCUACGCCAGAAAACUGAUGAUCGCAUUGUUCUUGUGUCCAACUAUACCCAGGUAUUUCAAGUCCCAUAUAAGCUGAUAUAACUAAUCAAUGAUGGUCCCUAUUCUCAUAUUUUAUGUUACGUAAUUGCUUCCCAUAAUUAAUUGAGUUCAAAUAGUUGAAAUGCCAUAUAUGCUACACUAAUAUGGUUUGCCUUUUCCCUGAGAUUCUGUAGAAAUUCGUGCAGAGACACUUGAUGACUUUGGUCAAACUGGUCAAUAUAACUAUCCAAAAUUUCUCAUGUUUGAAGCCCAAUCGUUGAAUGGGAGAAGGAACUCUGUGUGACUGUGGGUGUUGGUUUUAGCUGAAAUAUUUCAUUUCAUACUCUAGCUUUUAAAGUCUAAUGUGAUCCCCCAUUUGUCCUGUUGAAUGAUAAAGCAAGGUUGACUAGCUAAUGCUUCACGGGGGCAUUCAUAUGUGUUCCGAUCUUGUGCUAUUUACUAUUUUAUAAGAGUCAUGAAGUACAUAGUAACAUUCAUCGUGUCCAAUUUCAUGGUCAGGAUGUUAAAAGAGAAUGGAAAAAGGACAUGAUAUGUCUUAGCUUGGAGACAGUGACAGCGUAUUGAAUGAAAGGCAUGCAUAACAUCUAAGAAAACUGAAUCAAGUCAUAUGAAUGCUUUAGUCACAGUAAUACACAUUGCAAUCUGUUACAUCGACUGCUUUUUGCAUACUGUCAGACAUUGGACCUGUUUGCUCAGUUGUGCCGUGAAAGAAGAUAUCCAUACCUGAGGCUUGAUGGAACUACAUCCAUUGGUAAACGGCAAAAGUUGGUCAAUCAUUUUAAUGAUCCAUCUAGGGUUCGUAUCCUCCCCCACCUACCCACCCACGGAAUGUCCCAUGUAGGCACAGUAACCUUUCGAUUGAAUGAGUUGUCUAGGUUCUUUUCUGCAGGAUGAGUUUGUUUUUCUUCUGAGCAGCAAGGCUGGUGGUUGUGGGCUCAAUUUGAUUGGUGGAAAUCGCUUGGUGUUAUUUGAUCCUGAUUGGAACCCAGCAAAUGAUAAGCAGGUAAUCACAUUCAAUGCUUCUGAUCUAUACAAUUUUGAAAUAGGACCUUCGUUCAUGCGAUCUUUGACUUCAAACCGUCUGUAUUGGCAAUAAAUAGGCUGCUGCAAGAGUUUGGAGGGACGGACAGAAGAAGAGAGUCUUUAUCUACAGGUUCUUGAGUACUGGAACUAUUGAGGAAAAGGUUUGAAUCCGUUGAAUGUGCACGCUGGUGAUAGUAGUACAGCCUUCAAUUUCUUUUUAAAAAAUUCUGGUGAAUUUCUCUAGGCAGUGUUUCAUUUGUCUUUGCUGAACAGCUACGGUAAAUCUUUGUCAGGUGUAUCAGCGACAAAUGUCAAAAGAAGGCCUGCAGAAGGUUAUUCAGCAGGAGAGUAGAUCCAAUCAGGCAACAUAUAUUUUCUCACUUCCCAGUUCUUCUUUUAAUCAAUGUAGGGUGAUUCCUUGACGUCUGUGCUUUCAUAUUGUUUAUUUUCAGGGGAGUUCCCUUUCAACAGAAGACCUGCGGGAUCUCUUCACUUUGCAUGUAAACGUCAGGUAAUUCCUAUCAUAGCUACUGAUCAUUUGUGAAUUUCUGAAAGUUCAAAAUGUUUGCCUAUUAGCACCAUUUUGGCAGAGCUUGGCCCACGCCAAUUUCGUGAAUAAUCCAUGUUGAAGUCUCUAGUCAUAAGCAAUCAGCUUCUGUACAUUUAAAAAUUUCAUGGGGUGCCAAGUGAAUAUUCCAUGGGGUCAACGUGCUCACAAACUCGGUAAAAAAUUGCAAAGUUGAAGUACUCACAACUCUCCGGAGGUUAAGCUGAGCGCAGUAUUUCUGUACAGUUUUAGGGAAACCAAAUCUCAUGUCUAGUCUGUCGUCAGGAUAGCGCAAAACUUCAAUCACAAAAAGCUGGUAGAUAGAACGGAAAAGAAAAAAAAAUUGGAAAUGGUAGGGAGGUCCUCAUGUCGAGAUGAGUGGCCAGAAAAAGGUCUCUUCGGAAGCCGGUUAGGCUGUCUCUUACCAAUUGAUUGAAGGAAUUCCAUUCAAAACAACAUCCAAAGUUAGUAAAAUCGAACAGCUUCCUAGUGUCCAAGUCUCCGCAUUUUAUUCAUCUUUGUUUAAUUAAAAACGGUUGAGAUGUUCUCUUGAAGAUGCCCAUGUGCUUAAGAUUUUUCAUUUUAUCCUAAUUUCAUCCAUGUUUAAAUAAAUAAAUAAUUACGAUUUAGAUGUUCUUUGAAGAUGCCCAUGCACCUAGAGCUUUCAUUUUAUCCUAAUUUCAUCCUUGUUUAAUUAAAACAAAAAGAGUACGAUUUAGAUGUUCUCUUGAAGAUGCUCAUGCACUUAGAGCAUUCAUUUUAUCCUAAUUUCAUCCAUAUUUAAUUAAAAAAAUGUACGAUUUAGAUGUUCUCUUGAAGAUGCUCAUGCACUUAGAGCUUUCAUUUUAUCCUAAUUUCAUCCAUGUUUUAUUAAAAAAAAAUUGUACGAUUUAGAUGUUCUCUUGAAGAUGCCCAUUAUGCACUUGGAGCUUUCAUUUUAUCCUAAUUUCAUGCAAUAUUCAUGCUGCUUUUGGAAGCAGACAGUUCAGUGAAUCAUAUUAGACCGGCCAUUUUAUCUGCCAAAAACUAUGGAACCAUCUUCAGUCUUUUCCUUGACGUCCGUGAUUAUAAGCUUGAACGAGCGUCCAUAUUCUGCUUACCGAUCCAAAUGCCGCUCAGUAUGCGUCAGAGAAGAGUCUAUAUCCAUAUUUCGCAUGUCCAGCCACCAAAGUGGCCCGUUGACCCCAUGCUUUUAUUUUCCCAGAAUAGCAUUCUGUAAUGAUGUACAUUCACCAAACUCAUUCCUUUUAUUAUUUCAGGUCUGAAAUCCAUGAGAACAUGAACUGCACCCGAUGUGAAACUAAUUCAGCAGCAGAGAACCGCGCUGGAAACAUGGAAGGUUUCAAUGGAACUGAAAGAACCAGCCCUGUAGAGAAUGACAUUGGAAGAUUUGCUGAAAUCGCUGGCUGCUUACCUCGGCUGAGAGAAUAUGAGAGGCAGGUGGGUUCUAAUCAGCAGGUUAAUUCGUUGAAAUGGCCGUCCCAAGUCCAGAAACCUUAUAUGAUUUGGAUAUUAUUCCUGUCUUUAUAUUUUUAUAUGAUCUAAGAACCAUGAUUUCAUCUACAGCUUGGAACUCCACUUGAAGAGGAUCUGGCGAGCUGGGGUCAUCAUUCUUCUCCGGACUCUGUCCCUGAUGCCAUCCUCCAAGCUUCAGCUGGCAACGAGGUGCGCUUCCUUGGCUCAUUUCAGAUGAUUCUCUUGAAUCUCUCACCCCCCCCAACUUGACUUAAAUCAUCCAACUCUUCCACGACAACCUCUCCACCGGACAGUUAAAUCUGUGGGAUCAUGUGGCCUUUUUCGGUCAACGAUUUGACCUUGGGUCGAUUUAGAAGCGUGCCCGUUUUCUUAAUCGGUCAACUUAUAAACUGCAAGAGGAUAGAAAGUGGUGGCACAUUGCCCAUUUGACCUUUCCUCUGCUGGUGAGGUCAGAGAUGAUUUCUCAAUCUUGUAGGUAAUAAGAGACGUGAUCUGGUUAGUUUUUUUCUAUUUUUGGCCUCUCCUCUGCCUGAUUAAACCAGUGAUUUCCCAAUAUUUGACUUAAAUAACAGAUGAAUUUGACGGGACAAGAUGACAGACAGGCUGACUUUUUCUCUCUCUCUCUCUCUUCCUAUUAUUGAUCUCUCCUCUGCCUGAUUAAACCGGCGGAUUUUCCAUCUUUUUAUAUGAAGAACAGAUGAUUUUGAUGAAGCGAGAUGACUGCUCAGCCUUCUUCAUUAUUUCUUUCUAAUUUUGUCGCAGGUCACAUUCGUCUUCACGAAUCAAGUGGACGGCAAACUCAUCCCCAUCGAAUCCGAAGGACGAUCCGCCUCCAAGGGACCUCCCGGGCAGGGAGUCUCUCUGCCAAUCGGGAAUCGACCUGAUGCUCACGUGGAGAAGUCAACCCGAAGCUCGAACAAGCUGCUGAGAGUACCCCGAAGAACGUGGAAGCCCCUUCAUGAUCCUAAUAAUAAUACUAAUAAUGGUAAUAAUGAUAAUAAUAAGAGUAGGAAUAUUUGUGGGAUUCUAGUGAAUGCGUCAGAUGAUGAGGAUUUUCUCUGA